AUGGCCUGCAGUCUUCAGGCCGAGGGAGACAGCAUUGCGGAGGCACGGGCCGGAAGCCCAGGCCCAUCUAGCCGUCCCCAACGAGAAGACCUGUCGCUAAUGCCCACGGACGGUCAACAUCUGGCAGGUAUUGGUGUACCGAAUAACCAGGUAGGAGCAGCCAGCGGGGAAUGUGAACUCGACGUUGGAAAGAAAGUAGACCUAGACAAAAAUAACCUAGAGCCUAACCCGCAAUGUUGUGUUCCCCUGGUGGCCAGAAGUAGCCAAUCAACCGCGGGCUGUGACUGUAGGACAAAUAAGGAGCCACCAAACACAUUUGGGAGUGAGGAAUCGGCAACAGGUAAGACGGAACUGCGAAGUGUGAAAGUAUAUCGCAAGCUGAAAGAACCUAUCUGUAGGCAUAUGAGAAAACUCAAGCGAAAGUCCCCGGAGGGUGAGGAAAGCCAAGAGGGUUAA